AUGUAUUUAAGUAACAUUCUGGUGAUUAUGGGCACAUUCCUGACAUCAUCAGGAAAACUUCUAAUAAAAAAUGAAUCUGAAAAUUUACUGGAAAAAUAUUUGGGCGAUAUUUUUCCUGAAUUCGAGGCUACCAACUACGCUCUAACAAAUUUUGACCUCAAACGCCCGUCCAUACCAAAGAUUUUAAUAAAUUUCAAAGUGGACAUCAAGAUUUUCAUGCAAUAUUGUCCAAAAAUUGUAUUAUUUGACUUAAGAGACCCAUCACAAAACUCAAAAACGACAUUAAAUUAUUUUGGAAAAAUUAAUUGUGGAUCGUCAUCUAAAAUCGUUAUAAUAACCAAUCAAAGCAAUUUUCAGUUUAACUUUUUUAAGGAUUAUGUCUUGUAUGUUUUUGAUGAAAAAUUGGGGCAAGGUAAAAACUACACUAAAACAAAUCAAAUCAUCAAGUUUUCUUAUUUUUCAGUUUUCCCACCAGAAACCGCAACAAUCAAAAUCAUGUACAGAGACGUACUACCUUUUACAGAUUCAGAAACAAAUAACGGAUUGGAGGAAACUAUUUUAAGAAUAAUCUUCAAACAUUUAAAUUUAAAAUACAUUAGUUCAUUUACGGAUGAAUUACAUCCGAUAAGCAAAAAUGCUACAACAGGAAACUACACUAAUCUUCCUCUUUUACUUCUACAACAUGGUUUAGUGGAUGUGGUAGGAGGGGGAUUUCAUCCAAGUGUAAAUGAUAUGUAUAAAGAUUUUCAAUACUCCAUAGUGUAUUUUGUGGAUACUCUGAACCUGAUAUCUCCCAAAGCAAAAAUUAAACCUAUAGGAAGAAGAGUUCUGCAGAUGUAUUCAUGGGAGCUUAUCGUUGUGUCAGCGAUGGUUUUUAUACUUUUAUUAUUUUUUAUUAAGUAUUUUUACAAAACUCCAUCAGUGUUUAUUAUUAUCUUCUGGUUUUAUCAACUAUUAUUAGAUGAAGCAAUUAAUAAUAUUGAGAAAAAGUGCUCUUUCCGCUUCCUACUGAGCUUUGUUUUAAUGGCUUAUCUCAUAAGUUCUACUGCCUUUAAAAAUACAUUAACUCAAAUUUAUUUCAGUAAAGAAUAUGAACCUGAAAUUCAUUCGUAUCAAGAUGUGAUAGAAAGUGGCUUGACUGUUUAUACCAGAUAUUUAAAUGCAACUGAAGAUGUUGAAGAGUUGGCCGAGAGGUUAGAACUUUGCCGGGACUUCGGUGAAUGCUUGCUUCGCAUAGCACAUAAAAGAGAUCAUUUAAUGUUUUUCCAAAGAAUCCCAGUUGUAUACAACACACCAAGAUAUUUUACCAACAAUGAUACAGGAGAAUCUUUACUGCAUAUAGGUGCCAGUUUUCAACAAAUACCAUAUCAAAUAUAUUUCAGAAAAAACUUUCCUGCGUUUGAAAAUAUCAAUGAAUUACUACUACGCACUUUUGAUACUGGUAUUCUAAGAGCAGAGGCUAGGCGGUUAAGGUCCCAUUAUGAUUAUUGGAUAUUUAGUCCAGCCCAGAAAAUUAGUAGCCAAGUGCUGAACUUUACUCAGUUGAAGUUUGUGUUUGUUAUUUGGUUAAUUGGUAUAAUACUGGCAACUUUAACAUUAUGUGUAGAAGUGAAUUUUUAA